AUGAGAGUCCUCCUAGGUCUUUGCGCCCCUUUACUCUUAUUGUAUGGUGUCUCGGCCGGGGGGAAACCCAGGGACUGCGCCUUACUUGGCCCAGCAUUUCCCCGUCCAACGGACUUGCCUUCAAGUCAAACCUUCAAGAACGACCUAGAUAGACUAUCUCGGAGACUCGGAGAGGCGUUGGAAUCGUCCACGAUUAAUGGAGCUGAGUCGUCGUUUUCUUUGAAUAUAUUUACCGUCGAGGACGAAGCGCCGAUCUGGGAGUACCAUCAUGUUGCGAGCCAGUUCAAUGGAACCCUGCCGGCGGAGGGACUGGACGGAGACACAAUAUACCGCAUAGCCAGCAUUACCAAACUGCUCACUGUAUAUGUUUUGCUUAUUGAGUCUGGAUUUGAAGUACUCGAUGAAAAGAUCACAAAGUAUAUCCCGGAGCUUGCGGCUGUCCCAAAAGGGGUCGAGACCGACACCGUACAGUGGAACGAUAUUACUCUCGGAGCCCUAGCGACUCACCUGGCUGGGAUUCUCCGUGCUGCUACUUUCGGGGACCUGGCGCCCACCAUUGAAUCAUCACACAUUCCCGAAGGGUCAUUCCCUCCAUUAGAUGGAGAAGAUGCAUUGUCGUGUGGAUAUUCACCCCAAAAUGCUCCAUGCUCGAGAAAGGCGCUGUUGGAUGAAGUAUUACUUCGCCAUCCAGUUUAUCCUCCUUUCAGCGCUCCUAUUUACUCUAACACGGCGUUUACCCUCUUAGGCUUGGCCCUGGAACAGAUCAAAGGUAGGCCACUAGAGGAUAUGAUGAAUGAAUCUGUGUUUGUCCCGCUGGGCCUGUCGCGAACUAGUCUUCUCCAACCUAAAAAUCAUUCCUGGGGAAUCGUCCCAGUGAGUCCUCUCAGUUCCUUCUGGAACGUUUCUUUUGGGCUAGAGGCGCCGGGGAUCAAUGCUUAUUCUACGGCUAAUGAUCUAUCUCGGUUGGGCCGGGCCAUUCUAAACGCUACUCUGCUCUCCGCAACUGACACGCGUCGUUGGAUGAAACCGAUGACGCACACUGGGUCGACUUCUUACUCAGUGGGUGCUCCGUGGGAGAUUUUUCGUGUCGAUUCUCCUCGCGUGAUCGACAUGUACUCGAAGAGUGGGAGUGUUGGAUCCUACAAGUCUCUGCUCUUUUUACUGCCGGAUCACAAUGUGGGUUUCACCAUCCUAGUUGCGGCUCCCGGCCCAAGCCCACUCUAUCCCAUUGCCUCGGUUAUGACAUCACAAUUGAUUCCUGCCUUGGAGAAGGAAGCUAGGAGACAGGCGCAGAUGAACUUUGCAGGGACAUAUCGCGCCUCUGGCGUGAAUUCAUCAAUCGUCCUGGACGCAAAUGACAAACACCAUGGAAUUGGCAUUUCUAGCUGGAAUACUAAUGGUACGGAUGUCAUUGAAAUAUUGAAAACCCUUGCUGGCUCCAGAAACUCUUCGGACAUCGCAAGAGUCCGUUUGUUUCCGACACAGCUCACGAGGGAUUCGAUAUGUCCUGGAUCCCAGAGAAGUUGCAUCGAUGUUUCGUUCCGAUUGGUAGUUGAAGUCGUACCAGCGGAUGCCGAUAAUACAGGAUACGAGGGACUGUUCUCGCGCAGGUGUGACCACUGGGUGCUCUUAGACGGACUAUUAUAUAGCCACAUCAGCAUCGAUGAGGUUAUGAUUACGGUCGAAAAAGUAUCCGGGAGGGCUGUCGCUGUUGAACCGCGGGCAUGGAGGUUCAGGAUGGACAAGAUUGAAGGCCCGGUUCUGUCAGUAUAUGAGCAGUCAUUUCCUGAAAACGCCUUAUCGCAAGGAGUGAUGUCUUUUUGGGUUGUAAGAAAGCUUCGCCAUUGCUUGACUCUGUGGCUGUGA